CACUCACUCUCUAGUGAACACUGAGGAGGAGAGAGAGGACAAUACAGCAGCAAGAGAGAGAGAGAGAGAGAGAGAGAGAGAGAGAGGAGGGUAGAGAGACACUGAGCAACCACAGUACACCAAGGAGACCACAAAAGCAAUCUUCCCCCCAAAUCCCCAACUCCGCUGCACAGAGAGACAAACAAAAGCAUUCUUGGCUUUCAGUUUAAAAGAGGAAAAAAAGCGAACAAUACGCGGGGCGAGAUCAUUUACUUCAGAUACAAACUCGAGCAGAAAGGCGUGACAGGACGGCGUCAAGCUCGCGCUCUGCAUCCGUAAAAACGUCUCCAAAGCCGGAGUGAGGGAUCUUUGCGCAGCGCUGCAUGAAGGAUAAAAACAUCUGGGAGAAGAAGAAACAGGAUGAGAGCGACUCAGAGGAUCACAUGGCUGCUGCUAACAACCAGCGUCCUGCUUCACAUCAUCUCUGCGCAAGAUGACAGUCAGAGCGCUACGUCUGUGUCAAAGGACAACACCGUCACGGCUCCUCCGACUGUGGUGACAGCUUCUACAAACAAAGUAACACCUUUGUCAACUGAAGACACUAACGCUAAGGCAAGCACUACUGCUACUGUGACUGUAGCGCCCCCUGCUGCUGAAACCACUAAACCUACUCAGCCACCAACAACUGCAGCCCCCCCACCUACUCCAACAGUAACAGUUUCAAACAAGCCAACAGAAAACACAACACCCAUCAAACCAGCAGCCACUGUCCCGGCCACCGUCCCAGCCACUGCAUUAGCAGCUGCCACCACCCUCAUCCCAGGAGCUUCUACUACCAAAACCAGUCCUGUUACUGCAAACCUCAGCACGUCCAAGAACCUGGCCCCGGCUGCAACCACCGCCAGUAGCAGCGGAGGUGUAGCAGUCUCCUCAAGUGCUCCCAUAAUACAGACGACAAAUCCCUCUGGUGUGGUUCUGCCUGGGUCUGAUGCACCUGCAACACAGCCAGGAGGUCCAGGUAACGUGGCGACAACAAAGAGCACAAACAUCUCCACUGAUCCUGCUGCGACAGUGCCACCACCCACCAGUCACAGCAGCAUCAGCUCUGGGACAACGCAGGACGGCAAAGGAGGAACGGACAGAUUGACAGUGACAGCAACAACCCACCAGCCGACAGCAUCGACAGCCCCGCAGCCUCCUGGGAACACGGUGACCAUCAUCAGCCCCUCCACCCUCACCGAUGCAGGACUAACAACUGGAGGGACCUCAGGAGCUGGAGCUGAAACCACAGCCCCCCAGACCACCAUCAACACCAUCACAGUCGCUCAGCUGAAGACGUUCCGGUACUCUCUGAACACCGGACAGGAGAAAGACGAAGAGAAGGAGCUGGUGGAGGUGUGCAGGCGGCUGAUGGUGAAUCUGCAGGAUGGAAACUGCACCCUGACGUGGAGGCAUAACGGCGGGAAGGUUCAGUUUGACUGUGUGCAGAUCAACGGGAAAGUGAAAACCAGCCUGGCAAAUCAGAUUUAUGAAGAAAUCAACAAGAAACCAACAGAUCAUAAAACCCUGAUCGCCAUCCUAGCGUCCUGUGGAGCUCUGCUGAUCAUGAUCAUCAUCCUCGCCGUUUGCGCCUCACACCACCGCAAACCUUACAACGAGAACCAGCAACACCUGACAGAAGAGCUGCACACGGUGGAGAACGGCUACCACGACAACCCCACGCUGGAGGUGAUGGAGGUGCAGCCGGAGAUGAUGGAGAAGAAGAUGGCGCUGAAUGGGGAGUUCAACGACAGCUGGAUUGUGCCCAUCGACAACCUGCUGAAGGAGGACAUGCCUGACGAGGAGGACACUCACCUGUAGAGUGGAGGAGAGAGAAUCGAAGAGAGAGGGGAAGAGAGCUGGUGGAUGUUCUUGUUCAUGCAGCAGGAGACUUUUUGAACAAACAAGCCCACAUGUUGAAGUCUUUUUUUAAUGUAUGAAGCUCCAAUGAAUCACACACUGACCGUGGAAGCUUCAGUACAUUCUUAAACAGUUCACCAAACCGAUUACAUUCGUGCCUACACCGUUUUUAUACGAAUACCUUUUAUAUAAAUGUUCUUCAGGUGAGACUUCCUGCAGAGAAACAGUCAAAUAAGUUUUCAUCGACGACCAAAAUUGAAACGUCCCAAAACACAAUCAGUGUGCCUUUCUUUAACCUGCUCUCAUAAAGAGUUGAUUUGUACACAAACACCUGUAAAUAAAGUGUUUUUAUCUUAUUUCUAUGAGCGAUGAAGAGUCAGGUGAAGAUGAUAGAAGACGAUCAGAGAGGUCACUGUGACGUCAGCUGCCUCAGACUUACUAACAUAGAUGAGAGGACCUCAGGAUCCUGCAGAGCAUCCUGGUGAUUUUACAGUAGAGCAUGUCGGAGCUAUCAGGUGCUUCACCUGGUGAAACUGAGCAUUAACUUUAAUCACACUGAGGGACAAACCUGUGUAGAGAAAGAACAAGUGAAGGAGUUUAAUCAAUAUGCAGUGUAUUGAGUGGAGAAUGUAUGGAAAGCCUGAAGGGACAAAAUACAAGUGUGUUUUCUUUCUAAAUGUGACUUAAUUCUUUUUUAUUUUCAUGCGGGGACAAAAUGAACUGCAGAGCAUUUACAGAAAAAAGAUUCCUCGUUACAUUUUAUUUUGUUUUACUUUUGUCCCUGUUGGCUUUCCAUACAUACAGAACAACACUCAGUAGGAUAAAAACAAAGAAAGUUAAAAACUAAAUCCACCAAUUUAAAAUGUAAUAAUUCUUGUCUGUAAGUUUUUCUUCAAUAUUUAUAUCCGGAAUAAAAAUAAUUAUUCACACAUGCUUCAUAAAUCAAUAUCAAUAUCUCAAACUAGACAAUGUCACUACAAUAAAAAGCAACCUCAGGGCCCAGCUGUUAGAGAGUAAUCUGAUCGGAUUAAGGCGAUCCGAUUGAAUCAAAUCUUAAGAACAGAUUGUUUUAAUAAAUAAUUAUGAAAUUAGAUAAGAUCAGGUCACACAAUAUUGUUUUAAUUCUGGUUCAAAUCUCCAGUUUGUACAAAAGCCGAAUUGAAGCUGGAUUCUAGGAACAAAGAGGACUAAAAGUCAUCACAAAAACUUUUUUUAAAACAUGCUGAUGCUUGAAUUUCUUUUAAUAUUUUAAAUUGGACAUCAGGGCUGUAAAAACAAAGGAGUUUAAAAAAUAUUUCACCCAAUAGCAUCAUUAUCAAGCAUCACAUAUUUGUUCUGAAGCAACUGUCUGGAUCUUCAGUUUGUGUAGAUUUGGCGCCCCCUGUGGACAAAGUAUGCAGACUGUAGUCACAUCUGAAACAUUGGUGAUCCAUGAAGUCUGCAUGUGAUCAGGUUGAUCAAAUCCAAUCUUUAAAAAACAGGAAAAAGGAGAGAUCGAUGAUCUAAUCCUGGGUAGCAAAAAAGUGGAUUUCUAAAUCCCUAUCAUUCUUAUACGGCGCUCUUUAAGGAUUAAAAUCGAGACAGACGUGCUUUAUUUGACCAACCUUUACUCUAAGAACGGAGCCAGGCGGUCUUGUGCCUGGAUGAAAACAGCUGGAUUUCUUUUUGAUGAAACCGGUUGAUCGAGACCUUUUAUUUACAAAUAAAAUACAUUUUAAAAAGGACAUAAAUGUUAUCUCAUGUUAUCUUCUAUCACGUCCAACCUGCUCUCAGUCAGGCAGCCUAAUGAAAUAUCAUAUUUGAGAAACAUCUCAGAAAUUAAGUUAAAUUUAGUCGUUUUUAAUCCUUUAAGCUGUUCAACAAAGCGACAGUCUGACCUUACAGCAAAGAGAAACGUCAAACGAGAGGAUGUGUCUCCUUUUAGUCUUAAAGGUAUUUAUUGGUGAUGAUUCUGAUAAGUAAGCUACUAAAAUCUUGUAGAUUUUUCCUGUAAUGACUGAGACACAACAGUGUUCUCUAAAGCAAAUAUCCAUGCAAUGAGUAUGAGUCACAUACGCAGAAAUUUUCCUGUUUCAGAUCAUAUUUCUUUUUUUAUCCUCAUAAAUAAAAACUUCACAAAAUCUCCCACGUCAGUCAAAUAAUAGUGCCUGAGAAUAAUACUAAGCUGGUUAUGCUUGUUUUUGUACCAGUGAGUGAAGAACACACUGUAUAUAUUUGUAUCUGUUCACCGUUGUUGGAGCUGAAGGGAUGGAGGAGAACCUGAGCACAGUUCUGUUUGUGGUUUUGGAUUUGUUGAGUAAUCCUCUUCCCUUUAACCCAUUAAGAAGUUAAUAUAUAUUUACUUAUCUACAAGUGAAUCCAUCAGCUUGGGCACUCCAAUCCUGCUUUGUUGUUUUUUUAAACUGUUUGUGUUUAUACUUUCACUUGUAUUAUUCUAUAACUGUGCCGUUUUCACCAAAGUACGUUACCAGUAUUUUAUGUAUUUAUGGUUUGUUUGCUGCUGAAGGCGAACAACAGGGGUCUGACACACUGGAAGCUGUAAAUUGUUGAUCGCCUCGGCGGUCGUGUUGUUUUACCGGAUCAGAUUUGCAAAUAAAGGAAGCUUUUUUUCCACUUUG